GAGUGGGGGAGCAAUCCCCGCACCAGCCCCGCCCCGUUUACAUCCCUAGUCGGGUCCAAGUGGGUCGGGUCUGUGUUCGAUUUUCAAGGUCUAAGUUGGGUAAGAGUCUAAAAUAUUAAUUAAAAAAGCUAUUUAAAAAAAAUUGAAAGUGAUUUUUUUUUUUUUUUUGUUAAAAUUUAGAUUCUUAAUUAAAAAAUUGAGAAGUAAAAACACUUUUAUACAACAUAAUUUUGGAAAAUAAAAUUAAAAAAGUGUUACCAAACAAACUCAAAAAAGUUGAAUUAGGAUUCAUGAUUUACCUAUAUAUACCUAGUCAUUGUCAUUCAUACAAGAAUGACUGAGGCUAGCUAGUUAGUUCUAAAUAUUUUUCCUCUCUUUUUCUUAUUUUUUUUUCCUUGUUGUCAACUUAAACAUCGUGUCUCCUUUGAUUUUGAUCUAUCAAAAUGGAGAGCAGUAAAAGAGAAUCAUCAAGUAGAAGUACAAGAGCUGGUCCUAGUAAUUAUAAUGAAAAGUACUAUUCCAAAGCCAAACCACCUCUUCCAAAUUUAUCUUUAUCAUUAUUUUCUGUGGAGGAAGCCAUUGCGUUACUCAAAGACGAUUUGACUCGACCAAAUGCCCUCGUUCUGCUGGGCAAGAUGAAAUCAAAUCAUCAAAAUAUGGGUCCAAUGGUGUGGAAUUCCAGUGGUACUAUAUUUAUUCUUCUGAAGGAAAUAACUCAAAUAUAUCGCUGGCUUUCAAGUGGACUAAUUGCUGAAAAUAUGGCCAAACAAGUGUGCAAUGCCCUUUUAGUCCUUCAGUCUGUAGCUUCACACCCACAAAGCCGGAAGGAAUUUAUUAAAGCUAAUCUUGCAGAAUAUCUGUACCCUUUGAUUUCCAUAACACACAGACAGGAGCCUUAUGAAAAUCUGAGGGUGGCCAGCUUAGGUGUUCUGGGCUCUUUACUCAAGCAAGAUGAUGCAGAGGCCCUUCAUUACCUUAUUCAGGGUGACAUAUUUUCCAAAUGUCUAAUUUGCUUGCAGACAGACAGUCUAACUGUAAAAACGGUGGCUGCGUUCAUUCUUGAAAGGUUUCUGUCAAUUGGUGAAGAGGGUCUAGAACACUGCUGUUCUUCUGCUGAAAAUUUUCUCUCUUUGUCCCGAACUUUAGCCCAAAAUAUUCAAGAUCUUGGUAGAGAACCCUGUAAGCGAUUUCUAAAUCACAUAAUUAAUUGCUACCUUAAGCUUGCUGAGAACCCAAGGGCAUGUGACAUUUUGGAGUGGCAACUCCCUGCGAAGCUUACUAAUGUUACCUUCCUUCAAGUACUGCUCAAUUUAACUUUUCCCUAUGAAAUAAUGAUCCAACAUUAAUUACUUCGGUCCGAAAAUUGGUUCUCAAAGUCUCUACUGGAAAUCGCACCCAAAAGAUGCUGCGCCCAAAUGGUAAACAGGUCUUUACCUUUCGUAAGUAGAAAGUGCAUCCUAUCGAUCUCUGAGGUCCAUGAACGCCACCGGAAUUACAGUUGAAGAUGAGCCUUGGCGUUUAUGCAUUUUUUCUUUUCUUUUCUGGAACUAGUUAUAAGUUGUCUUUGUUCUUUAAUUUCAAUGUUUUUGAUCCUUACCAAUACCAUUGUUCUGGUACUGAAAAUUUAAACCAGUGUUUCUUAAUUUUCUUUUAAACUAAUGACAAUCAAAUUGUGGAAA